AUACGACCACCACCAUCUUCAUCUAAUGAACUGCAUCCCUCGACAUCUUUCCUUUCCACUACUGUUUGGUCGAGUCUUGGCCCCAACUCCUCCCUUCUCCUCAUAUGGGAAAACUACUGCUGGGAUUGCUGAUCGUGCUGUUAGCCGUCCAGGCGUCGGAAGGCCGAGUCCGGCGACAUAAAUGGGACGUGAAGUAUGAAUACAAGUCGCCGGACUGCUACGAGAAGCUGGUGAUCACCGUCAACGGUCAGUCUCCGGGGCCGACGAUACGAGCAGAGCAGGGAGACACCGUCAUCGUCGAGCUCAAGAACAGCUUGGGCACGGAGAACGUCGCCGUGCACUGGCAUGGAAUCCGGCAGAUUGGAACACCAUGGAGUGAUGGAGUUGAAGGAGUUACACAGUGCCCGAUCCUCCCUGGGGACACCUUCAUUUAUAAAUUUGUCGUCGAUAGGCCUGGAACGUAUAUGUACCAUGCGCACUAUGGGAUGCAAAGGGAAGCGGGGCUAUACGGUUUGAUACAAGUGGCUGUUCCCAAGGGGACGAGCGAGCCCUUCUCCUACGACGCCGAUCACAGCAUCGUGCUCAGCGAUUGGUACCAUAAGAGCGCGUACCAGCAAGCGGCCGGCUUGUCCUCCAUCCCCUUCGUAUGGGUUGGCGAGCCACAGUCGCUUUUGAUCCAGGGAAGGGGAAGGUACAACUGCUCCUUGGUGGCCUCUCUCAAGAAUGCAGCCGGAACUGGUAGCAUCUGCAACACAACUAAUCCUCAAUGCUCUCCUCACGUCACAAUCGUUGUCCCCGGAAAAACUUACCGUCUUCGGAUCGCGAGCGUGACAUCAUUAUCUGCUCUUAGUUUCGAGAUUGAGGGCCACAACAUGACUAUUGUGGAAGCAGAUGGGCACUAUGUAGAUCCCUUUGUUGUGCAGAGGCUCUUCAUCUACUCUGGUGAGACCUACUCUGUCCUGAUCAAAGCAGACCAAGACCCCACAAGGAACUACUGGAUGGGGACCAAUGUGGUCGGACGAAAGCCGGCGACCCCCACCGGAGCAGCCAUCCUGAAUUACUACCCAAACCAUCCGAAGAGAUCACCACCAAACAUGGCACCAGCUGGUCCACUCUGGAAUGACACCGCGCCACGAGUCAACCAGAGCCGUGCCAUCAAGGCCCAUCCGGGCUACGUCGUGCCGCCACCUCAGCGUUCCGUCAGGGUGAUCACCAUGCUGAACACUCAGAACCGUGUCAAUGGACACACCAAGUGGGGAGUGAACAACUUCUCCUUUGUCCUGCCUCACACUCCGUAUCUUAUAGCACUUAAGGAGAAGUAUGUGAAGCAUGCCUUCAAUCCUACACCGGCACCGGACUCUUACUCUCCGGCUGACUACGACAUUUUCCGGCCACCACCGAACCCAAAUGCCUCAUUGAGUGAUUCGAUUUACCGGCUGGAGUUCGGAUCAGUGGUGGAUGUGAUCUUACAGAAUGCAAACUCAUUGACUGCAAACAACAGCGAGACACACCCAUGGCACCUGCAUGGACAUGAUUUUUGGGUCCUGGGUUUUGGACAUGGGGUCUACAAUCCGGUUAAGGAUUCAUCAAAGCUAAAUUUGGUGAACCCAAUUAUGAAGAACACUGUCCCUCUGUUUCCUUAUGGAUGGACGGCUAUUAGGUUCAGAGCAGAUAAUCCAGGGGUAUGGUUCUUCCAUUGUCAUAUUGAGCCACAUUUGUAUAUGGGAAUGGGUGUGGUUUUUGAAGAAGGCGUGGAGAAGGUGGGAAGGCUGCCCAGCUCUAUCAUGGGCUGUGGCCAAACCAAGGGGCAUCGAAGUCCAUGAGAUUCCCUUUACGCUCAUUUGGUACUUACAAGCAAUUGUAUUCUUUAUGAUUGACGCCGGCGGGUUUCCAUCUUCACUGGGAUAUCCAAUCCAUAGUGGUUGUUUCUCCUUGUCAUGGAAGAAGAUAUACAAACAAAACUAUCAUAGAAAUUGAAUGUUAUUUUUUCUCAAAGA